GGCGGCUGGGCGGACGGGGCGGACGGGAGGCGCCCGGUUGGCGGAGAGCUUCUGCCGGACUGGGCGGGGGUCCCUCGGGGGUCUUGGGAGGAGCCGCCCCGGGGAAGCCGCGGGGAGCCUGGCGGGGGUCUGCCAGCCGGGGUGCCGCCUGCACCCCCGGGACCCGCCCAGGAGCUCCGUCCGUCCGUCGGGCCGAGCGCGGCGCAGCGCAGAAGGGGAGCCGGAGCUCCCCGGGGGCUGCGCGGGUCUCCCCGAGCGCCUCCCGCCUGGCUGCGGACCACGGACGCUUCCCGGGGCUGGGCGGAGCGGCGGCCGGACCGCUUGGGCAAGAGGAGCCGGUGGGGGGGGGCGCGGAGGUGCGGAGCGUCCGUCUCCUCUGGGAAUCCGGGCAGCUUCACCUUUGCGUCGCGGGGAAGAAAAAGCCCUGAAUGCGAGGCUUUCCUGGCUUUGAUGUGGGACUCCUGGGAAGCGCCGGGAAGGGCCCCGCUUUGAUGUGGGGCCCCUUCUGUGUCUGCGGAAGCCAGGCGGGUGGAGGGAGUGGGGGCCACCAGGAGAUCAAAGGCCAGCUGGGAGCGGAGUUGGUUGCUGCUCACUUAGGAGGGCUUCCCAGCCCCUCCCAUCCAGCCCCCCCCAUCUCCCUCGGAGGAGCCUCCAAAGGGGGGGAGCCCAGGGGGGGAGAGAGGGGAGGGGGCUAACAACAGGUAGCCCUCCCCUUACAAAACCACCAUGGGAGCCAAAGUUUCCUUUUACCCUCACAGUUGAAUCACAUGACAAUCACCAAUUGACUUUGUGGGGGGAAAGGUCCCCAGGGAGAAUCUCAUGACACCUCCCCUCUCCCCCCACUGCAACCGUCCUAAGGGCCUUCCGGUUGCCAAGCAUCUGAGUUGUGGCAGGGGGGGGGGGCUGCUGCAGCGGUCGUCAGUGUGAGGACCGGCCCACUCUCUUCGCUAACUUUGAGCCAACCCCCCCCCAGUUCCUUUGGAGGGAGGCCGUUUCCUCCCCCCUCUUACUCACUCGGUAACCCAUGAUUAUUUGGAAGGGUGACAAUGACGCCUCUGGGGGGGAAGGAAGGUGAGGCUCCUGCGUGUGACCCCUGACUCCUCGCCUGGUGCCCGGGCUUAGCAGCCCCAGAGGCGCUCAGCGGCUGCUGGGGGGGCUGCCCUGGGACGGGUCCCUCUGCGGCGGAUGCGUGAGUCAGUGUGCGAGUGCUUGGCGCAUGGGGCGGCCCUUGCCCAGCCUCCCGUGCCAGCCCGUCUCGUGCCAGCCUGCCCAGGGCUGUGCGUGGAGGUCUUCCGGCGGUUCCUUUGAGGUGGGGAGGGCUGCGUUCCUCUGACGGCGGGGCACCCCUCGGCAUCAGGAGCUUGUUUUGGCCCCGGCCGCUUGGGCGCGGUGGGGCGAAGGAGUUCCCAGCUCCCGAAAGAGCUGACGGGGCAGAGCCGCCCUGUCGGUGGUGGCGGUGAGUGCGUCUCCUCCCCCGCCCUGCACUUGGCUGCCUGGCAGAGCCCACAAAGGUGCCACCGGGGAGAUUUCUAGGGCCCACUCCGGAGGAAAGAUGGUGAAGGAAACCGGCUACUACGACCUGCUGGGUGUCAAGCCCUGUGCCACCAUGGACGAGAUCAAGCGGGCGUACCGGCGCCUGGCACUCAGAUACCACCCGGACAAGAACCCCAGCGAGGGGGAGCGGUUCAAGCAGAUCUCGCAGGCGUACGAGGUCCUCUCGGACCCCAGCAAGAGGUCCGUCUACGACCGAGGAGGGGAGCGGGCCAUGAAGGAGGGCGGCGCAGCCGGGCGGGGCGGCUUUGGGCCCCCGAUGGACAUCUUUGACCUGUUCUUCGGAGGAGGGGGCCGCACGCAGGGCCCCCGGGUGGAGAGGAGAGGCAAGACGGCCGUCCACCUGCUGACUGUCACCCUGGAGGACCUCUACAACGGGGCCACCCGCAAGCUCUCCCUGCAGAAGAACGUCAUCUGCCGGAGCUGUGCGGGCCGUGGUGGCCGGGAGGGCCUGGACGUCCGAUGUCCCAAGUGCCACGGGACUGGCAUGGAGGUCAUUGUCCACCAGCUGGGGCCCAACAUGGUGCACCACAUCCAGGCCAUGUGCUCGCAGUGCCAGGGCCAAGGAGAAUGGGUGCGGCCCCUUGACCGGUGCCUGGCCUGUAACGGCCGGAAGGUCACUCGGGAGAAGAAGAUUCUCAACGUCCACCUGGACAAAGGCAUGGCCGACCGGCAGAAGAUCACUUUCCACCAGGAGGGGGACCAGGCCCCCGGAUUUGAGCCCGGAGACAUUGUGAUCGUGCUGGACCAGAAGCCGCACCCGGUCUUCCAGCGCAGCGGCAACGACCUCAUCGUCCGGCGGGAGGUGCCGCUGGUGGACGCCCUGUGUGGCUGCAAGCAGGUCAUCCGCACCCUGGACAACCGGAGGCUCCUGGUUUCUACGCGGCCCGGCUGCGUGAUCAAGCCGGGGGACAUCCGGUGCAUUCCGAACGAGGGCAUGCCCGUCUACCGCAGCCCCGGCCAAAAGGGGAGGCUGGUCAUCCACUUCGAGGUGAAAUUCCCGGAGCCCGGCUGGCUGCCCCUCCACCAGCUGCGCCAGUUCCAGUCCUUCUUCCCCCGGCACGAAGAGGUGAUGGCCACGGAGGACAUGGAGGAGGUGGAGCUGCGGGAGUAUUUCCCCCAGCCGGACUUCUCCGGCCGUCGCUUCCAGAGCGACAUCUUCCACGAAGGAGACUUCGAUGACCCCCUGCGCCACAACGUCCAGUGCCAGACCUCGUAGCCCGGCGGACGGAGCACCACCCCCUCGUGUGUGUGACCUUGCGGAAGGGGGGGGGGAAGCCCAGGAUGCCUUAAGAAGCACAAAAGCCGGUGGAUGUCCAGCCAGAGCGGUCAAGCCCCUCCUUUGGCCAAAGGUCUCCAACCCUCUGGAGGCCGGCUGCCUCUGAAAACCCCCCGUUUAGCUUAGGGAGUCGUAGCUGCCCAGAAGCCCCCCAGGAUCCCGGCCUAGAAAUCACCAUCAGAGCCUCAGCCGGACGUUUCCCCUCCUGUCCACCUGACAGCCAUGGACGAUAAGGCUGGUUCCUCUCUAGGACUCCAAGGGGAAAGAAAACGUUCAGGCAGCUUCCUUCGCACCCAGCGCUGGUCCUGACCUGGGUUUGCCCAUCUCCUAGGGGCCAGGAAUGCACCCACCCCCCAGCUGAUUUCUAGGCCAUUCCAAAGUCCAGCCAGGACGGGGGCCUUGCAGGCAAGCUGAGUGGCGGCUGACGGGUGGGGGGGGGAGCUGGACCUCGGCAUGUCCUGGGAGUCCCAGCAAGGGGGACCCCCCAGUGGGGGACCCCUUCGGCUGCUGGUGGGUGGAGUCAGUGGGCUCCCCUUAGCUUUGAAGUGCCUUCCCAGUUGUGCCUCCCCCCCCCCUUGCAUUCGGAAUCAGGGCCUUUUCCAGGUAGCGUAGUCGGUGUUAGGUGUUAGCGGUGAGGUGGAGGGGACUCCAGGCCUCGUGGGGUUGUCCAGGGUGGACCUGCCUGCUCUGAGCCCCCCCGUCCAGCCAAGCUUGGUGUCUGCUGAGGAACUUUGGGGUUCGUUACCCCCCCUUUUUGCUUUUCCUCUUUUUAUUUUUUUUCCCGCUCUUCUCUGCCUCCUGUCUGCAAAGGGACCGGAAGAAGCGCAGAGGCCUUGGAGGGUCUGCGGGACUCGGACGAAGGGGGUGGGGGGGGGACUCUGCAGAAGUUGAAUUUUGCUUCAAGGAAAACAAGGAGAU